UAUAAAUAAUUGGCCCACUUAUGCUGAAAAAAGUUAUGUUUAAAUGAUUAAAGGACAACUCACUGCUUACUUUAACGUUGAAGAGGGUCUUAGCUGAGCUAAAAUUAACUUUUUUAAACGUUUUGAGAAAUAUUAACCGAAUAAACUCUCUGAGGUUGAGAAAGGAACAAGUCAUAAUUUGAAACGUCAUACCUCUCAUUUACAUCGAACCUCCCAUUUAUUCCUGCUUGCGGUCUGUUAGCUUUGCUGUUGUGAGUCGAUACAUUCUAUUAUAUGCUUUUCUGAACAUCAAGAGACAAAAAGACCUCUACGAUGGCUUCUCGAGCAGGUCCCAGAGCAACAGGAACAGAUGGCAGUGACUUCCAGCACAGGGAGCGUGUCGCCUCCCACUACCAGAUGAGUGUUGCCUUGAAGUCUGAAAUCCGUAAACUCAACAUUGUCCAUCUGCUGAUCUGGGUGCUGAUGGCAGCUCAGGUAACGGUUAGCCAGCUGAGUCUGGUGUCUCACAAAGUAGUUGCCUCUCCGUACCAGUGGGAGUACCCCUAUCUUCUGAGUAUAGUCCCCACCGUCUUUAGCUUCCUGGCAUUGCCUCGUAACAACAUCAGCUACCUGGUGAUAUCCAUGAUCAGCGCCGGACUCUUCUGCGUGGCCCCACUGAUCUACGGCGGCAUGGAGAUGUUCCCCGUGGCUCAGCAGCUUUAUCGGCACGGCAAGGCAUAUCGCUUCAUUUUUGGCUUCUCGGCCGUGUCCGUGAUGUAUCUCGUCAUCAUCAUUGCCGUGCAAGUACAUGCCUGGCAGAUCUACUACAGCAAGAAGCUGUUAGAUCAGUGGUUUACCAGCACACAGGAGAAGAAGAAGAAAUAACUCCAGCAUUGCCUUCCCGUCAGAAGAGACUUAGAGAUGCUCUUAUUCAGCAUCAUUUUUUAUAUUUAUAUUUACAGUGAUGACUUCAUUGUUGUUAUAAAAUCAGUCAUUGGACAGUUUAUGAUCACUGCUUUUCCCUCCAUAAAUGAGUUUUUCCUCCAUUGUCAACGAUAAAAAGCUGAGUAAAAGUGA